AUGGCCGACGAAGAAGAGCGUAUCAAAGCUGAGAAGCUGGCCGCCGCGAAGAAAAGGGUGGCCCAGCUCCAGAAACAGAAGAAGAAAGCCAACAAAAAGAGCACCGCCUCCGCCGACGCGCCUAAAGAUACAGACGCAGAUAAAGAUGCAGAUGCCCCCGUGGAGAACACUUCACAAGACACCACCACCGCAGACCAGCCCGAGCCAGCGUCAGAGCCAGCGCCAGAACCAGAAUCGCAAGCAAAGCCCGACGAAGGCGCUGAGUCUCCAGUCGAGCCUAUGCCCCCCGCUCCCACUUCACCGGACCCAGAAGCCGACCCUCAGGCGUCUAGUCGUCUCGAUAACCCUCGCGCGGGCCACACCCGCCAGCCCUCCCUGUCCAUCCAGUCGAAGAUGCGCUCGUCGUCUUUCCGGAAGACCUCUGUCUCGCAGGUCACUUCCCCCAUUGACAGGGACGGGGAGUCGGUGCAUGAAGUGUUCCGUAAGCAGUCGACGCGCAUUGAGGAGUUGGAGAAGGAUAACAAGCGGCUGGAGAAGGAGCUUGCGGAGACGUCUACACGGUUCCGGAAGACGGAGGACGAGCUGGAGGAUCUGCGCGAGGCAAAUGUGGAUGUUGCCGAGCUACGGGAGAAAUUGAAGGAGGCGGAGGAGAAGGCGGCUGGAAUCGAGUCAUUGAAAGAGGAAAUUGCUUCGCUACAGCGCCAGAAUUCACAGCUUCAGUCACGCUCACAUCGCAGCAAUGCUAGUUCCGCCCCUGGGACAUCAGAGUCUCCGCCAGCCGAUCUGGUUCGCCAGUUAGAGUCCAAGUCGGCUGCGGUCGAGGCUAUGGAAUUGGAGAUCUCCAAUCUCCGCGCUCAGAUCAACUCUCAGUCAUCGUCUCACAGCGAGCAUGAGUCUCAAUUGGCGGCAUUGAAUGAUCAAGUAUCGGAGGGCAAGGCCGCUCUAGAAAAGUGCCAACAGGAGCUCGCAGAGGCUAAGCAAGAGCUCAGCCGUGCCUCAGAGAAGGCUGUCAAAGAAGGCGCUGACAAGUCCUCCACUGAAACCCGGGUCAAGAAUCUGGAACGAGAGAUCGAGGGGCUCAAGAAAGAAAAGAUGGAGGCAGAGAAGAAGAUAGAGACUCUGGAGAAGAAGCUCCAAGCCAUCGGUAAUCUACACAAGGAAACUGAGGCUAGGCACCAGACGCGACUCCGCGAAAGCGAGAAAAUUGAGAAAGACCUUGCAACGCUCAAGAAGAAACUCGGCAGCAUCGAAAAUGAAAACCUCCGUCUUCGCGAAGAACGAGACCGGGUCCGUAAGCGCGAUACCGCCGGCGGGGCCGACGACGAAGCCCUCGAUGAGCUCGAAGACGAGGAGCGCCAGCGACUGGAACGCCGCAUCCGAGAGCUGGAAGGCGAGAUAUUCGAUCUGCGCCGUGGCGUCUGGCAAGAGAAGCGGCAAGAACUUGCCAGCGGCGAGGAGCUGCCCGACGAAGAGCCCAGGGCCGUCGACGCCGGCGCAAACGCGUUCGACGAUGUCGAUCUUGUCGGUGGCAAGCCCGAUCACUCACGCCGCCGCAGCAUAGCUUUCCAGCAACAGCAACAGCACUCAUCCUUCUCAACGGUGCUGUCUAGCGGCUUUGCUGCAUUCACUGGCGGCAAUCACUACAAUAACAACCGUGCGCGGGCGGGUUCGUCGAAUCCGCCGCAUCCCCAUGCCCCUGCGACUCGGGGCAGUCUUGAGCUGCUUGCUGAAGAGAAUCUGCAGGAUGAUUAUGAUGAGGCCGAGUUCCGCCGCGCACAGGCUGAGGAGGAAGCACGUAAGCGGGUGGAAUGGGUUCGCGAGAUUAAGCGCAAGCUGCGGGAUUGGAACAAGUGGCGCUUGGAUUUGGUGGAUAGUCGGGCUGGUGCUGUGGGGGUCGGCAUGGGCGAUAUCUUCGAGGUUUAG